CAUCACCAUCAUAAAACUUAAUUGUUGGUGACAGAUGGUGCUGAGAAGAUUGUGUUCACAAGUAGAAGACUGAAACCAUAUCCCUUUUUUCGUUUUGUAAAACUUCAAUUCAAAAUUGAUCAGAGACCUUAAUGAAAGGCAUGAACCUCCUAGAGGAAACCAGGGAAACACAAGAUACAGGCACAGGCAGACUUUCUGUAUAAGACUGUUGAUAAAUGUGGGUUGAUGACAUGGCUCAGCUGGUUAGAGCCAGACUUAACACCUGAGUAUCUCCGAGGCCCAUAUAAUGGAAGGAGGAAGCCAACGCCUGCAAGUUGUUCUCUGGCCCUCAUCCAGAUGUCACUGAUCAGAGUGAAUCGCUUUGGUCCCCGGGGAGGUGGAAGAAAAACUCUGAAAGUAAAGAAGAAAGCCACAGUGAGGCAAGAAUGGGAUAAUACUGUGAAUGAUCUAACAGUUCACCGGGCAACUCCUGAAGAUCUGGUACGCCGUCAUGAGAUACACAAGUCAAAGAACAGAGCAUUGGUGCACUGGGAACUUCAAGAAAAAGCUUUGAAGAGAAAAUGGAAGAAGCAGAAACCAGAAACUUCCAGUCUUGAAAAAAGAAGAUUAUCUAUCAUGAAGGAGAUUAGUACUGCCAGGAGCCGACAUGUCUCAAAGGGAGCCGACCGUUCCCCGCUUCCAGCUGCAGCACUCGGGAAGGCAGGCCCUGCUCCUCACCUGGGCAGCACAGUAGAGCUGACUCUGCUGGCAGAGAUUCUUUCUGAUCAGUACCAGAUGCAGGAUGUGCUGGAGAAGUCCGAUAAUUUGAUGGCCGCAGCCAAAGGUCUGUUUGCUGAUGUUCCUCGUAAGCGCACGGGGUUUCCAAAUGUAACCAUGGCUCCAGAUUCCUCUCAGAGUCCCAUUGGAGUGAAUCAAGACCCUGGCACCCAGUCUGCCCUUAAUGAAUCUCUCAUAGAGCCUCAGGCUCUUAAUGAAGUAGAUGGGGAAGGAGAAGAGAGCACUGUUCACAGCCAGUCAGAAGACAGCGAGAGUGAACUGCCCACCUCCCUCAGCUCGCAGUCUAACAGGAACACAGAGAGGUUUCUUCACCAACUAAAGGAAGAGAACUCUGAGUUAAUCAAUCAAUUGUGGACUGAUAUUCAGCAGAAACUAGCUACCCAGUCACAGGGAACCCCUCUGGGAACCCCGUCCCUGGCGCUCUCAGCGGAGGAACAGAAAGAUGCUCUGAAUGCCACCGACGCCAUCAAGAGACUCCAGGCUGGGCUUCAGCCCGAGGAGUCCACUGAGACUGCAGACUCCAGCUAUGUGGUGGGACAAGUGCUGAACUCAAGGAAGCAGAAGCAGCUGCUAAAUAAAGCGAAAAGCAAACCAGAUAUCCGUGCUCCUUCUAAGCAGAAGAAAAACAUGUUAUCCUCCAGCACAACCUCCACAGACUUACCAAGUAGCAACAACUCGAGCUUGGAUAUCCUCAAACACAUGAUCCACGAAGUAGAACAUGAAAUGGAAGAGUAUGAGCGGUGGACGGGGCGUGAGGUCAAGGGGCUGCAGGGUGGCCAGGGACUCACAGGCUUCACUCUGUCGCUGGUGAGCUCCCUCUGCCGCCUGGUGCGGUACCUUAAAGAGAGUGAGAUUCAACUGCGGAAAGAAGUAGAGACAAGGCAGCAUCUGGAACAGAUGUUAGGUGAUCACCGAGAGCUCAUUGAUGCUCUGACCGCAGAAAUUCUCCUCCUCAGAGAAGAAAAUAGUACCACACAGGCGAGACUUCAGCAGUACAUGGUCUCUACAGACGAGCAGCUUAUAUCGCUCACACAUAUCAUUAAGAACUGUCCUGUGAUAAAUAACUCCAGACAAGAAAGUCAAGCAUCAGAAAGGGCAACUCUGGGUAGAAGACUUAUGGAUAAUGUAGAGGGUCCUGUUGUAAGCAGUAAUGUCUCCAUGCCAUUGAUGUUCAGAGGGGAAGAAGCCGUUGACUUCCCACAGGAAGAGCUGCCUGUUAAACUCUCUCAGGGGCCGACCCCCACAGAGAACUUGAAUCUGGCCAGUAAUUUCCCAGCACAUAUUUUCGAGCCAGCUGUGAUGUUAACACCACCCCGGCAGAAGAGCAACUCGGAAUUCUCUCCUCUGCAGGAUGUAUUGAGGAGAACGGUUCAGACCCGCCCUGCUCCACGAAUCCCCCCCACUGUGGAAGUCAUAGAGAAAGGACAGAACUGGGAAAAGAAGACCUUGCCUGUUGAUCCAGACAUUCAGAACUCAAGUGAGGAAAAUCGCCUCUUCACUCAGAGGUGGAGGGUUUCUCACAUGGGGGAAGAUCUGGAGAACAAAACUCAGGCACCGUUUGUUAGCCUGUCCCAGCCCCCUUGCGGUUCCCUUCCCACCACUCAGCAGUCGAGAAAUCCUGCGUUCCCCGAAGAGCCCCCAGUGCUCGGAGACGGGCAGCAGCUUAGAACAAACGAGGCACUGGCACAGAGGAAGGACAUAAUGGCACGGAUUGCCGAGUUGACGCUGCAGAAUUCGGCCAUCAAGGCACACCUGAAUAAUAUUACCCGGUCGGUGGGAGAGCAAGGGGAUGGACUUCGGGAGCCGAGCAAACAGGGAAGUGCCGGUGACCUGCCUGCUAAUUUCCCAGUAGUUCAAUCUCUAGUGCCAAGCAGCAUGGAGGAGCGGAUUGCAGAGUUGAACCGGCAGAGCAUGGAGGCCCGCAGCAAACUGCUCCAGCUCAUAGAGCAGCAGAAGCUCGUUGGUUUGAACCUUUCCUCAUCGCCCGCGUCACCCGUUCAGUCGCCUCUCAGAGCCUGGGCCGAAGAAGGAAAGCGAACCAUAGAGGUGUCUGUUCCAGGAGUGGAGGCUCCAGAGAGUUCGAAAUGCAACACCGGGUCUCCUGUCAGUGUGAUCAGUUCAAGAAGAUCUUCAGGGGCUACUAGUAAUUCUUGUUCUCCGCUAAAUGCCACCUCAGGAAGUGGGCGAUUCACACCUGUUAAUCCAAGAACAAAGACGGAAAAGCAACAUGAAGAAGGCUGGUUCGCUCUCUCCGCCCACAUGUCCUAGAGAAGAUGAAUUGGGGCGUGCCUCAGUGACUCAUCCCUCCUUCCCUUUCCUCUUCGUGGAGCCUCUUUUCCAGUUGUGACAUUUUCUUUAGAUAAAACCUGCAGAGAUAUCCUGUAUUAAUGGAAACAAGGAAAAGAACAAUUAUUUUUAAUAUUUUACCUUUUCAAAUGGGUUUUUCACAAAGGAUCUAACCUAUGAAUUUCCUGUGAAUAAAACUUUGUAAGAAAAUUUAAGUUUUAUAUUUGAUUGACCUUGUUAAACUUUUUAGUAAUACAUUGUUACCCUUGUCAUUGCUGUUGAAGGUUUUGUUUUUGUUAUUGUUCAGUACAUCUUAAAUGUGGAUCAUCUUCCCAGAAGAACUAAAUUGCUUUAUGUAUAACUUAUAAUAAAUUUUUUCUGGCUUUCAGAAAAA